GGAAGUGCACGAGCAGAUACCUGGCCCGGUGAACGAGCAACGUCACCACCGCCCGCAUCCACUGAGAUGGAAAGAAUGAGGAAGACGAGUUCCCUUACCGGGUAGAAAGGAUAGAGGUCAUUACCAAGAAAACAGGCUUUCUGUUGAGUUAACUGUAACUGGUUACGCGUAUUAAAGUGAAAUAAAGUUCGAUAAAACAAGUUGUGGAAACUGGAGUGAUGGCGCGCGGUUGUACGGGGGGCUGGUGUGCUCGGUUUGUGGAGCGACACCAGUCAGCGCUGAAUUUUGCGCUGUUGGUUACCGGAUACAUCCUAUAUCUCAUAAUCGGCGCCGGCAUCUUCUCCGCCAUCGAGCUGCCUUACGAGCACCAGCUUCGCCAGGAGCUGAAAGCAGCCCGGCGGGACUUCCUGAACAACAACACCUGUGUGUCCGACGCGCACCUGGAGGAGCUGCUGAUCCGCGCGCUGGAGGCCAGUAACUAUGGAGUAUCCUUGCUCGGUAACGACACAAGCAACAACUGGGACUUUGUGUCCUCCCUGUUCUUCACCAGCACUGUGCUGACCACCACAGGUUAUGGCCACACUGCUCCUCUCUCAGAUGAAGGGAAGGCUUUCUGUAUCUUCUACUCCCUCUUUGGCAUCCCUGUUACCCUCUUCUUCCUCUCUGUCGUGGUGCAGAAGAUUGUGGCCCUGGUGACCCGACGUCCAGUGUCCUACUUCCACCACCGCUGGGCCAUGUCUAGGUCAAAGCUAGCCACCAUCCAUGCCACUUGCCUUGCCAUCAUCAUGACCCUGUUCCUCCUCAUCAUCCCUGCUUGGAUCUUUGUCAGUCUGGAGAAGGACUGGAACUAUCUUGAGUCUCUGUAUUUCUGUUUCAUCUCUCUGACAACCAUUGGCCUUGGCGAUUAUGUCCCAGGAGAGACCCACAGUAAAGAGGCCAUCCCACAUCCACAGCUCUACAGACUGGCUAUUACAGUCUACUUGCUGCUGGGCUUGGUGUGUGUACUGGUGGUCAUGGAGACGUUCUGCGAGCUUCCCCAGAUGAGACGCCUUAGACAGAGGUUCUGCCAAGAAAACGUGCGGGAGCUGGACUCUGAGACCACCAAAAUCAUCGAACGGGAUCAAUUGAGCGACCAGCUGACUGACCCCACGGAUCACGUGACAGAUCACCUACCGGUCAUCCCAUCUGUGUCAGAACAGGCUGCCUCCCUGCGGCAGGACAAGUUGCCACCUUACAGUCCAGCAUCAGGACUUUCUGUUAAUGGAAAACCGAGGUGACAGAUUGGGCUGUCAGGGAGUAUAUCUGAUUUACAUUGUUCAAAAGGGACUGGUCUAUGCACUUUUGCUCUAUAUGUGGCUGCUCAGGACAUACUUGCUUGGACCUCUAACAAAACAUAAGUGUAUAAGCAGUCUAAGUCACUUAAUCAUCUAAAAAGUGAUUUCUUUCUGCCAUUGCCAACACCAACAGACAUUUGGUGCACUAAAAGCAGGAACCACCCACAGAUUAUCAGAAUGGCAUUGUUUUCUUGUUCUCCCCUGUUGCUCCAUUCCCGGCAGAUAAGAGCUGGAUCUGUGACACAGAGGAAGGGCUGGGCCCACAAACGGAUGGGAACUCCACAAGUUUCCACUUCCCGCCAAAAGUCUGGAUGCAGUAAUUCCAAAGCGGCACAGUCUGCUCUAGAGGAUUUCACACUCGCUUUUAGCACAUUAUAUAAUCUAUGGCAGUAUUUGCAUAGGAAAUGUGCCUUCUUGGAAGCACUAAAACACUACCAAGAGAAUCAGAGGUACCAUCAGUUGGCCUAUUGUACGGUACAAUGUUUCCAAGAAGAUGAUCAAGAUAUAAAGAAAUAAACAUGUUUUUCUUCCUGGUUGCUUGUAGGUGAUGAUCGCUAUGCAGCUCCGGAUGACAACAUGCUGAAAUAUUUAAUUGUUAUAACUGUAAUGCAAUGUGCCUUUUAGUCACUAGAGGGCAGCACUUUCAUUCUUUUUACACAUUUACAUGAGGUUGCCAAGAGUUUAAGUCUCAUGCUUAUGGGAGUAUUUCUUAAAAAUGUAAUUGAGUGGCAAGAAUAUGUCAUUGUACAACUAAGGGUGAGGGAACAUAUUGUAGAAAAUACUAGUUUUGAAAAAUAAAUUGUAGUUUUUUAAUUAUA